AUGGCCGAAAAGGUUGACUCCGUCAACAUCUCACCCCACCAUGUCGACCAUGACUCCGACAAGGCAAGCCAAGCCUCCAUUGCUGCCGCGGAAACAUGGACGUCUGCUAACAAGGAAGUCGAGACCAAGGUGGUCACCGGCUCCGAGGCCUUCAACGAGGCCAUGAUCAAGGAGCCGCCCAGUGCCUGGACCAAGGCUCAGAUCCUGAUCUACGCCUUCUCUCUCGUUGGUUUCUUCUGUUCCACCAUGAACGGAUACGACGGUUCCCUCAUCAACAACUUGCUGCAAAACCCCUCUUUCAAGGCGCGCUACGGAGCCGAGAACGACGGUAUCUGGGCCGGUAUCAUCUCUUCCAUCUACCAGAUCGGUGGUGUCGUCGCUCUUCCCUUCGUCGGUCCGGCUCUUGACACCUGGGGUCGCCGCAUCGGUAUGCUCAUCGGAGCCAGCAUCAUCAUCAUCGGAACGGUUAUCCAGGCCACCGCUAACGGCACCGGCCAGUUCAUGGGCGGCCGUUUCCUCCUCGGUUUCGGUGUCUCCAUUGCAGCUUCUGCCGGUCCCAUGUACGUCGUCGAAAUCAACCACCCCGCUUACCGCGGUGUCGUCGGUGCCAUGUACAACACCCUCUGGUUCUCUGGUGCGAUUGUUGCUUCCGGCACUGCACGAGGUGCCCUGGAAAUCCAUGGUGGUAAGUACCGAUAUCUUUCCGAUCCUUCUUUCAUUCAUUCCUUUCUUGUCGUUGUCUUCCCUGUUUGUAUGGCUACGGGGUGGGGCCGUGAGCGGUGGGGCCGGCGAAUUGAAGCCUGCUUGUUCUCUGGUUUAAUCGUUCUUUUCUGCAUGUGGCUGCCCGAGUCCCCUCGGUGGUUGUUCGUCAACAACAAAAAGGACCAAGCCACUGCAGUGCUCACUAAGUACCACGGCAACGGCAACCCCGACUCCCCCUGGGUAAAGCUGCAACUGCACGAGUAUGAAGAGCUUCUUGACAUGGACGGUGCUGACAAGCGCUGGUGGGAUUACCGCGCUCUCUUCCGCAACCGCGCCUCUGUCUACCGUCUUUGCUGCAACAUGUGCGUGUCCAUCUUUGGUCAAUGGGCUGGAAACGCUGUUCUGUCUUACUUCCUCGGUUCCGUCCUCGACACCGCCGGCUACACGCACCCCAUCCAGCAGGCCAACAUCACCCUUAUCAACUCAUGCCAACAAUUUGCCUGCGCCAUCUUCGGUGCCCUGUUUGUCGACAAGGUCGGACGUCGCCCGCUCCUUCUCUUCUCCUUCUCCGCCUGCACUGUCGUUUGGCUCGGCAUGACCAUUGCCUCCGGCAUUCUUCACCAGUCCGAGACCAUCAACGCUGAUGGCGACUCCGAGUUCCACAACGCGGCCGCAUCGCAAGCCUGCUUGGCCAUGAUCUUCCUCUUCGGUUCCGUGUACUCCGUCGGUAUCACUCCCCUCCAGGCUCUUUACCCCGUUGAGGUUCUUUCCUUCGAGAUGCGUGCCAAGGGUAUGGCCUUCUCCAACUUGGCUGUCAACGCCGCCGGUCUCCUCAACCAGUUUGCCUGGCCCGUCUCCAUGCAGAAAAUCGCCUGGAAGACCUACAUUAUCUUCACCGUUUGGGAUUUUGUUCAAACGGCCAUCAUUUACUUGUACAUUCCCGAGACCAAGGGCCGUACCCUCGAGGAACUCGACCACAUCUUCGCCGCCAAGAACCCCGUCAAGGAGUCCACCCAGAAGAAGGAGGUUGCCGUCGACCGCUACGGCGACGUCGUCAACGUCCAGAACGUCUAA